AUGUCUGACUUUUGGUUAACGGAGUAUAUCCGCCACCUGGUGGUGCAACCCGCCGAUGCGCGUCUAAACCCACCCGAGAGCUACCUUUUCGUCCAGGAUGGUCUUAUUAUAUCCUGCGGGGUAAUAUACGCCCUUUUAUAUGUGUUUCUUAUGAUGCGAGCUGUUAAAGAUGGGGUUUUGCCCGGAUCGAUCAAGGUUAUGUACGCUGGCAAACUUCUCACGGUAUAUUACACUGGGUCUUUGACAUUGGCGUAUGAAUUAUACUACGCCUUUGCUACUACAUCAACGUGGCUGGAGAGAAUAUGCUUUCUUGCUUGGUUUGAGCUAGACCUCGCGUUUGUCGCGCUUGCUCUCUGGCGUGUCCAUGGCCCCGAUCAAGGAAAGCGCAUUGCCGGAGAGAUGCUUGUAUACUGUAUAACCGCUCUAGCAGGGUUGAGGUACUUGGGAUAUCUAUACCCAGACGACCGAGAGCAAAUUACAGCAUAUUGGACUGGUAUCCUCUUGCAACUUCCGGCUGGGUGGGUGUAUGUGUAUGGGCUGGUGAAACAUCGUUCGCUACUGGGCCAUUCCCUUGAGAUUUGGUACGCAGCUUGCUUUUCCCGGCGCCGUGGUUGCUUCACGGCUUAUGGUCUUUUCAUAUGGCGGUAUCUCAACAUCCCUCGAAACUGGGAGUAUGUGGGAUCGUUUUGGAGCAUCGCGAUUAUUGUGACUACUCUUCUUCCAGAGACAGUAUAUCCUUUCCUAUAUAUUUGGGUAUUUAAUCAGAACAAAAGCAAGGUAAAAAUGGGUUAG